AUGCGCUACAAAUUACUCUUCGACCACUGCGGUCGGAAUCACCGGGCGGUUCCGAGCCAUUUGAUUGAAGCAGAUAGAGGGCUGCUCCCUGGCGCGCUGCGCUGUCCCAGGAGGCCGCGAGCGCUCGCUUCCAAGAGGCCCUGCGUGGGGCAGGUGGAUGGGUGUGGGGAGGGCUCACAGACUGUAAUCCGAAGGCGCGGCCUGCGAGCAAGGAGAUUGCGCGGCGCGGAGGGGGCUACAGAACACGGAGAAAGCGCAUGGCCGACACGAAAAAGCGGAGGGAAACUUCGCAACACAACAAGCAGGAUCAAUUCUGGAAGAGAAAAAACAGGAUUCAUGCGAACUCCACGUGUUGCGAUCGCGAACCCCACCUCCGAAACACUGUCGCGUGCCUGGCUCAGCGCCAUUUGUGAAUUAUCGCGCAAUUUGGACCCGAACGCUCACAAAUACCUGGGUUUAUACAUCCUCGCCGCAUUCCUUCCUGAGGCACCGGCCCGCCCCCCCCCCAACGCGACGAGGCGGCGGGAAUUUGCACUGAUCCUUCUGCGAAAUGGAUUCGAAAGGCGAUUCCCUUCGCUUCGCUUUGCUGCGCUAAUGACGGCCGUAAGUAUAGAAGGAACCGCUGAAAAUGCGACGAAAUUGGAAAGGGGCGCCCGCGUGCAAAUUUUCCGCACGGUGCGGCGGCGAGGGGGGGGGGGUCGCGCCGGCCAACCGUCUUGCGCGCUCCGCCGCCCGCCCCCCGCUCCCCUGCGCUGCCGCUGCCCGCUGCCGCUGGCGGGCGGGCGGUCAAUACUCACUUCCGGGCGCCACAACAAACCCUGGGCGCGGGGAGCCGCAGCCACGGACCGCCGCUCGGAGGGGCCGCCCACGGGCGGGGCAGGGGCGAGGGCGAGGGCGAGGGCGAGGGCGAGGGCGAGGGCGAGGGCGGGGGCGAGGGCGGGCGCCUCUCCCUGUGCAUCCACCCUCCGAUAUUGCCUUUGGUUGCGCUGUUUGUGA